AUGGUGAAUGGGACGGCGGCAGUGUUAGAGCCCACAUUUACCGGGUAUGUGGCCACCACGCAAGAUGCGCUCAUCUUAUUCGAGGCCUGUUUGACGGGCGUGCUGCACCAUGUACCUCGGCGACCCCACGACCGAGAGCGGAGCCACUUGGUACGCAGUGGAAGCGUCUUUAUCUAUGAGGAGAAUUCAUCAGGUAUUAAAAGAUGGACCGACGGUGUCACUUGGAGUCCCAGUCGCAUUUUGGGCAAUUUCUUAGUCUAUCGCGAGUUGGACAAACCAUUUCCGCCCGGCGAAAAGAAACGCGCGAUGAAGAAAGCGAACAGACGACCAGCACCACCCACUCGCCCAGGUGAACCAUAUCCACGACAUGAAAGCAACGGUCCAAGCUACUCCCCGACUUCACCACCAGGAGGAGCAUUUGGAGAACGACCUCACCAGUCGGAGAUGGAGCGCGCGUUGGUCGGGUCGCUGGUCGAUUCGUAUGGUUUCAAGGACUCCGGGUUGGUAAAGAAGACGAUGAGUGUGACAGUGAUGGGGAUAACCCACCAUCUUGUUUCUUACUACAGUGUGGACGAUGUGAUGCGCGGGGUGCUUAACCCACCUUCCAUGGUGGAAUCACUACGAUAUAUUCGCCCCCGUGUAGACCUGACCCAGAAACAAAGCUUCCGUGCCCCCAUCGAUGAUCUCGAGUCAAAUGCGAUGGAAAGUGCUGCCCACGAUCCGUCUCACGCCGCCCUCUAUGGGUACCGCCCGCAGAUGAUGCCCCCACCACCCACCUAUGGAAUGACGAACCCGUCAGCCGAUUUCUAUAUGCACGCCAGUCCCUAUACCACUACUCACGCCCCGCAGGCUGGUCCAAUAGCAGGAUACUCCAUGGGUGGGAAUAUGUCAGGUCAGCCAGCACCAAACCCAUACCUCCCAUCCCCCGCGGUCGCCGCUGCGAUGGCGCCCAAGCAAGACGAUUAUCACGCAUUCCGAGCGGGACCAUAUGGAGGCAGCAUGGACUCGAUGAGCCACAGCCUGUCAUCUUCCAUGUCGGGUGGCAUCAAUACAAACAUCCCCGGAUCUAUCAGCGAGCGUAACCGUUCAACAUCGGAUCACAGCCCAUCGGCUUAUCGCAACUCUUCGAUUUCCUCUCGAAGCAUCGCAACUGAUGCCACUUCGCCUAUGGACCCUUCUACGCCAGCGACAUAUUCCCGAGGCAGCUUCAGCCUGUCUGGACAUAUGGACACAAACCCUAACGCCCCUCUCGACUCGCGUGGUCUCGGCCCUCUUGAUUCUAGUGUGCCUCGCCGCGAAUCUAACCCCGUCCAUCCAUCUUACUACACUGCGGAUCGCUCGCAAUACUACGUGGGAGCCGCAACACCUGUGAAUCACCCCCACUAUGCGGCCUGGACAACCACUGCACCGGCUCAGCCUCAAAUCUAA